AUGUCGUCUGCAACAGUUUCGAGAAAAGUCCUCGAUGAGGCUCGAAACAAAAGAAAUCGAUCGGUUUUCAUACGCGACAUUAUCAUCAUUCGUCUCAUCAAUGCUUGGUGGACGACCACCUUUUUCCAGCCUGAUGAGUUCUUCCAAUCUCUUGAGCCAGCAUGGGAUCUAGCUUUUGGCUCUCAGAGCGGUGCAUGGUUGACAUGGGAAUGGCAACAUCAACUUCGUACCUCCCUUCAUCCAGCUAUCUUCGCAGGCGUCUAUCUCAUCGCCGACUUCAUCUCCAGCCACAUUCUCCCAAUAGGCAUUCUCCGCGCAGCCAUCCUCGUCGCUGCUCCUCGGGCUCUCCAGGCUGUGAUCGCUGGUCUUGGUGACUGGUACACUUGGCAACUAGCCGUACGCAUCUUUGGAGCCAACAGCAACAUCUCUUUCUUCGCUCUCUUUCUGCAACUCUUCAACCCCUGGCAAUGGUACUGCUCCACUCGUACCUUUUCCAAUUCUCUCGAGAUGACUCUCACCGUCAUGGCGCUGUACUACUGGCCGUGGGAACUCGUCGGUGCUGCGCAGGCAACCAAGGAGAACCCUAAACCUAACCCCAUGCUCAAGAGUCUCUGGUCUCUUCGUGCAUCUCUAUGUCUUGCUGCCUUGGCCGUGGUUCUUCGUCCUACUAACGUCUUGAUAUGGGCGACCAUUGUCUUCUUCACCCUCACUCGAUUCUCACUCCAGGGGCCAUCGCCUUUGUCCCUUUCGAUGGUCUUGACACUGGUCCGUGAGGCUGUUGUGUGCGGUUCUCUGAUCCUGGCCUUAUCCGCUGCUUCGGAUCGUCUUUACUUUGGAUUCUGGACAUUCCCUGCCUAUAACUUUCUGAACUUCAACCUGUCCAAGUCUCUCGCAGUCUUCUACGGUCGUAAUCCCUGGCACUAUUAUAUCCUCCAAGGACUGCCACUGAUCUGCACUACAAGUCUUCCAUUCGCUGUUGUGGCGCUUUACAAGCCAACUGAACAUGCUACAUCGACACAGCAGUCAAACGUGCUCAGAACAUUGGCCUAUACUGUUUUCACCACCGUCGGUGCCUUAUCACUCAUCUCUCACAAAGAAGUUCGGUUCAUCUACCCUCUUCUCCCAGCGCUCAGUGUUCUCGCCGCUCCCUACGCUGCUUCGUUCUUCACGUCUCAGCCGAAGCCUAACACUAACAACCCCCUCCCACGACCCCAGGUCCGCAACAAGCACUACCUUUUUGUUGCCCUUGGUGUUAAUGUUUUUCUUGCGGGCUACCUGUCUUUCUUCCACCAGCCAGCUCCUCUCAAUGUCCUCACAUACCUGCGCCGUGAGUACGAGCGCAUCCAUCCAGAUUCUGUCCAGCUCGCCCAGACCUCUCAUUUCUCCACUAUCCCGGAAAAAGAGGAUGAGUUAUUUGCUCUCUUCCUCAUGCCUUGCCACUCUACCCCCUGGCGUUCGCACCUAAUCUAUCCCGGCCUGCGAGCUUAUGCUCUCACUUGUGAACCCCCACUUCAUACUGAACCAAACACUCUUGAAAGAGAAAACUAUCGUGACGAGGCUGAUCGAUUCUACGACAACCCUGUUCCUUUCCUCACCUCGGAGCUGUUCAGUCCGGCAAAGUCACUCGCCGUUCCUCGCUAUAUCGUCGGUUUCGAAGGUAUUGAGUCCUGGUUAGAGGAGUUUGUCCAGACUCCUGAAGCACACUCUCUAGGUAUGACCAAGGUGCGCCCUGUUUGGAAAGGUUUCAAUGGGCUUUUCAAUGAAGAUUGGCGACGUUCAGGCAAAAUGAUUGUGUGGGAUACUGGCGUCUAUGACAACGCGCCCCCUGACAAGAAACUAUAG